AUGCGCAUCCUCGACGAGCACCAAACAUUUGAUCGCUCUUACGUCGCUGUCAAUGGCUUGUCUGUUACUGGAGUCAACUCACAUGUGUUGCUGCAUGGACAUUAUAAACCAAAGGAUCUUAGUCGCUAUAAGACCAGUAUACCACACCUAGUAACUGUAACUGGUAGACACGAAGAAGCAGUGAAAUGGCUACAUCAAAACUUAAAAUCGAACCCUGUAGAUGAUGAGCAGUUGGCGUUAUUGCGUAAUAUACAUAAAAGAAAUAUAGCGGGACAUGUGGGCAGGGGAUACAUUAUACUUCACAGGCAAGAACAAGUGCAAGAUGAAUACUUUGGGUAUGCUCGACAAGUGUAA